UUGUAUUCUCUAAAAGCAAAUGAUAUAACACAUCAGAGGAUCAAAACAAACAAGAAUCUUCCGAAAGAAUUCAAUUCACAUUACCCAUUUCACUCUUUCGCUUCUUCUUCUUGAAUUUUACAGCUGCAUUUGAAUUUUCAAAUCUGUUUUACAAAAAGAUAGUAGUAGUAGUAGUAGUAGUAGUCCUUCGAUCAUAGCUACAUAACAAUAGCCAAUGCUGCUUAUUCAAAAAGCAAUCAUGUUCUUCCUCGAAUCAAGGUUUUCUGUGCUGACAUGAUUCAAAUAACAAGAGAAACUACAAUCCCCGCAUCACCAAUCCCUUCAAAUCCCACAUCUAUGGAUCUCAAGACCCCAAAAUACAUGCAAUCUUCACCUCCAUUUACACCCCACCAUGACUCGCCAUUAGAGAGGAAUCCAAGCUUCUACAGCAAGAACAAAGAAAUCGCAUUUGCAGACACCUUUCAAGAUCCUCUCUGCAAGCUCAAUCUCAAAGAAACUGCCGAUUUUGUGAAGGCCUUCCCGGUGCCUUGCAGCGACGGCAUUCGAAGGGGAGUGAGUGGUGUUGGGCAGAAGAGAAUGGAAGCUCCUACUACUCCAGGCAGGCCUGUUUUUAGCUUCAAUGCUGGUAAUCUCUCUAGAAAGAGCUUCCCUUCAAAAUGGGAUGAUGCAGAGAAAUGGGUGAUGAGCAGCUCUUGCAAUGAAUCCCCUGCCCAUGUGAUAAAACCUCCAGAAGCUUCAAAGAUCUCCAAACAGAAUGAGGUUUUUCAGCUGAAAGCAGACAUCUUUGCAGAGAAAAAGGUACCGAGCUCAGUUUCAAGCUUUAAAGGGUCUAUGUGGUUAGAGUCUAAUUCAGCUUUUCAUGGGGUCUCAUCGGAAGUACUUCUCAAAGAUAAAUUUACAGACAAUGUAGAGACAAUUCACCCCAAUUUCAGGUACUGCGAACUGACGAAAGACGGUUUUCGAUUCAGAAACUCAGUCUGUGAAACCAUGAAGGAUGCUGCAACAGAAAUGGUUGCUGAGGUUCGGCACAGAGAUAUCGGGACUGAGAUGACUCCACUUGCAAGCUCGACGACUUCAAGAUGCCACACCCCAUUCAAGACCUUUUCACCUGCCAGGCACAACACCCCUGCUAGCAUGUCCGGGCCUUCGGUGGCGACUUCGAAUGCCCGCAUCCACAUUUCCGAGCUUCAGGAACACCACUGCGGUAAGCUCGAGCCUGGGACACAAUUUGAUUCAGUUGUGUUGAAUUGGAGCUCGAGGGAAGAGGAGGAAGAGGAGAUAUCAAAGAGCUUGAGGCAUUUUGAGAUAGGGGGUUGCAGGAAGACUCUUGAUGAGUUGAGAGCUUCUGCUUGGGAAGACGAAGAAAAGAAAGACUGUUGUAUCAGGUAUCAGAGAGAAGAAGCAAAAAUUCAAGCUUGGGUGAAUCUCCAAAAUGCAAAAGUAGAAGCUCAGUCGAAAAAGCUUGAGGUAAAAAUACAAAAGAUGAGAUCGAAACUCGAAGAAAAACAGAUGACAAAGAUGGCAAUUGUUCACAGAAGAGCUGAGGAAAUGAGAGCAGCAGCCCAUCUACAACACUCACAGCAUCUCCAAAGAGCCUCUCAACAAGCACAAAAAAUGAUAGAUCUGCCCAACUCUCAUUCCUCAGACCAUACUUCCUGUGGCUGUUUUCCUUUGCAAUAGCUAUCUCUGAAACUGAAGAAGAAAAAAAAAAAACUAUAUGAUACUACAACAGACGUCGACCGUACAUGUGGCAUGUGUGUGUGCCCAUCAAAACAUUUCAAAUCAUGGGUUUAAAUUAUGGAUGUGGCAUGACCCAAAAACAACAAUGAUUAGAUGAUCCUGACUAUAAAAAAAUUCAAG